AUGGCAAAAGAAAUUUCUGAUACGCAAAUCGAAAAUGCGAAUCAGGGCCGGACCAGUCCAUCUGAUCUUGGGCCUGACCCAGGGACGAUUCGAGGACGAGCGAUUCAACAACAAGAACAUAAUCGGGGAUACAUAGCAACCCUUCAAAAAGAUCCCUGGCUCUUGUUCUGGAUCGGAGUCAUGCUGUGGACUCUGAUCGUGCGGGGAUUCGAGAACCAGUCCUCUGGCUCUGUGAUUAGUAUCCCUGAUUUCAAGCAACGAUUCGGUCAACUUCAAGAUGGAGAGUAUUUCAUUGAGACCAAGUGGCAGUCGGCCCUGAGCGGGGGCUCAAAUGCGGCUGCCAUUGUGGGCUCAUGGGCUGCCUCCUACUUUGCCGACAUAUAUGGGGCCAAACCUAUAAUUCUGGCAUCAGCAGCCAUCAACAUCGCAUCGGUUGGUGUCGAAUUUUCUACCACGUCAAUCGGAAUGUUCUUUGGGGGCAAGAUGAUGAACUUUGUCGCCAUUGGCGCAUUUCUCAAUAUUUGCACAGCAUAUGUUGCCGACGUUUCACCUCUCGCCAUUCGGUCCUCUGUCAUCGGGUUUUGCAAUCUAUCCCAAUGUAUCGGGCCCUUUGUCUCCGCAAUCAUGUCUUACUACACAUCUUCAUGGGACAACUCUUGGUCCUGGAAGUCUUUGAUCUGCGCUCAAUGGGCGUUCGCUGUUGUUGGGCUUAUCGGACAAAUCUUCAUGCCCGAGUCCCCUGUCUACCUCGUUAGGCGGGGAAAGCUCGAGCAAGCCCGAAAAUCCCUCAAUCGGCUUUACUCAGACCCUUGCGAUGCCGAAGGCCAUUUGCAACGGAUCAAGUUAACCCUCGAGGAAGCCGAGACGCAAAAUUCCGCCUCAUACAGCGACUGCUUUCGCGGGACCAAUCUUCGUCGCACGAUGAUUGCCAUCAUGGUCUUCUUAGCUGAACCAAUGUCAGGACUCGGAUUCGUAUCGAAUUAUGGUGCUUUAAUGUACCAGUAUCUGGGAAUAGGGGAUCGACAAUCUUUCAUGAUUCAAAUCGGUGCUCAAAUUCUUUCAAUGUCCGGGGCCACGAUUUCAUUUCUCAUUGGCGAUAUGUUUGGCCGGAGACCCAUGUACCUUGGUGGCUGCAUUGGACUGGCCCUGUUACUACUUUGCAUGGGGAUUGCAGGGUCGGUAAACACCAAUGCCGCCACUACUGCCGCAGUAGGCUUCUACACCAUGUAUAAUUUCUUUUAUAAUGCCGGUGUGGGAUCCAAUGUCUAUACUAUCGCAGGAGAGGUACCCACUUCGGCCCUCCGGACUAAGACGCUUGCCGUGGCUCUGUCAAUCUCAGCAGCAGUAAACACCAUGUGGUCCUUUGUCGCGCCCUACAUGUUCAACCCAGGAUAUGGUGGACUCAAAGCCAAAAUCGGCUUUGUUUUCGGUGCCUUCAUGCUUUUAUUCGCUGUUAUGGCAUUUUUCUUUGUUCCGGAGACUCGCCAACGCACUUAUGAGGAGCUUGAUGAACUUUUCAUGAAUCGUGUACCGACUCGAGAGUUCCGUAAAUAUGUUACCUUGGCAGAGCAACGAGCUGCAGAAGCUUACAAAGUAACGGAGAAAAUGACGGAUAUUGCUCAGGAUUGA